AAAUGGUGCCAUGGAGGAAUCUGAAGAGUCUUCCAAGACCUGACUCCUGGGAACGGACACAACAGAGAAACAGGCUCGCACUGGCCAGAGAUAUGGCCGCUGGGCGGCGGAUGCUGGGUGUGGCUUGGGCCGCCCUGGGGACAGGGGUGCCGGGGCCACCCUGCCGCGGCACGGCCUCCCUCGCCUCCCGGAUGGCAGAGUACCGGAGGAUGUGGAAGCCUGUGGAGCCUCAGGGGUGGGCUGAGCAGUACAGGGAGCGGUUCAUCCCCUUCUCCAAGGGGCAGCUGGUCAGCGCCCUUCUCAAGGAGUUCCACUCUUCCAGCGACGCCGAGCACGCCUCCUUCCUGGCCUUCGUGGCGCGAGUGGACUCUUCCCUCCUGCAUCACUACCAUUCCCGCCUGGGGCGCUUGCAGGCUCUCUACGACCCCAUUAACCCCGACCGGGACACCCUGCCAGAGAUGGUUCUGAGCGACACCGAGCGCCUGGCUAAGGAGCGGCAGGUCUUGGCUGAGCUGGAACCAGUGCUGGAUCAGGCCAACUUCAACAGCCUGUCGGAGGAUGCUUUGGCCUACGCCCUCAUCGUGCAUCACCCUCAGGAUGACGUCCAGGUUUCGGUGAACCUGGAUCAGUACGAGUACAUCCGAUUCUGGGCCCUUGGCCAGCGUGUUGGAGUCCUCCCGAUUAAAUCCACGCUGGGGCCUCGGAAGGGGCUGUUUGGCACGGCCCGGACCCCCGCGGAAAGGCGUUAUUUCAAGCGGGUGCUGGUGGCGGCCCGGCCCAGGAACGCCCACCUGGUGCUGAAGUGCUUCAAGGACAUCCCCUUGGAGGCGCUGGAGCAGCUGCUGCCGGCCGUGAGGAUCCGCACGUCCAUCUUCUACAAGACGCUGCUGAACGUCACGCUGGUGGUGAGCGGGCUGGCCCUCUUCGUCAACGUCGGCAUGGUGGUGCUGUCCGACCUCAAGAUCGGCACUAGCUUCCUGCUGCUCUGCUUCGGCGCCUUCAUGACCUUCCGUGCCUGGAAGGUGUUCGGGCAGCGACGGAACAUCCACUCCCUGGAGCUGGCGCACAUGCUGUAUUACCGCAGCACCUCCAACAACUCGGAGCUGCUGGGCGCGCUGGUGCUGCGGGCGCAGGAGGAGCAUGCCAAGGAGCUGAUCCUAGCACACAGCUUCCUGCGCCAACAGCCAGCCUGGCCCCCGCACGGCCCCGCAGACCCUGAGACAGUGGCUAGCCUUCAGGAGCACGUCCAGUCGUGGCUGCGGCUCCACUCAGGCCUGGAAGUCUCCUUCUGCGCCGACCGCGCCUGCCGGCACCUGCUCAGCCUAGAGGGGGGGCACCGAGCCAAUCCCGCCAUGGCCCCUGGGUCCCACUGAUGCCCCCUGGCUGUUUGCAGUGUAGGCACCCCCGAAUCCUUCUCCUGGCUGUGAUACAGCUGCUCCGGAGGGAAGGGCAGGGACAGCACUGGAAGGGGGCCCUCUAUUGAGCAUGCAACACCUGUAGGGGAGAGGAGAACUGAGGCUCCCCCCCCCCAUGCUCACAUGCUCUGAGCAUGUUCCUGGUGCAUUCUGGGAGUCCCGCCAACUCCCAUGCUUGGCAUGGCCCUGCCGUUACCCAGCUACUGCCAGGGCUGGAUUGCUGGGUCGUUAAUCCCCUUUGGGCUGCCUGGUGCCUGAGGGGUUCUGCCAGCUGGAUGCUGGGAAGUCGGCAGGGGAGCGCCGGCCCAUCGACACCAGUGGAUCAAAGUCCAUUCAGCCAGGAGGGCUCUGGCUCCAUUAUAGCCCCCUCCACAGCAAGGGAUUUGGACCCUGGAUCCCCCUUCUUUUUGGCAGCAAGAGAGUGCCCAAAGCUCUCCCAGCCAAACCCUCUCUGCGGUGUGCCCAGACCCCAGCUCUGGCUGCCCGUAGUGCAUGGAUUCGCACCCGGCGCCUCUCUUGGAGCGAGCGUCUGCAGUGCUGCGAGAGGAGCGAGAUGGGCCCACCCGAGCCAGCGGGGCUGCAUGCAGAAUUCAGGCCGUGAUUUCAGACGGGCCGGCUGGUUGGCAGGGGCUGCUUCGCUUUGGCUCCUCCCAUGCUUUCCUGUGCUGCUGACUUUCAGGGGGCCUGGCCUCGAUUUGCGUGUGAGAAAGAGAGACUUUUGGGCAGGAGUGGAAGAACGCUGGGCCUCCUCCCCUGAACUGAAAGCACUUUAGUUGCGAGGGGUGGGGCGGCACACAGCACACCUCCCAUUGCCUCCAAGGGAGCCAGGGCUGGUUCACGUCAGCGGGGGAGCUGGCCAUGUUGACUACUGACUAGGCUCUAAGCCAGCACUUUUCCCUACAGCUGGGGAGAGAACCCAGGAGUCCUGGCUCCCAGCCCUGGCCCCCUCUAACCACUAGACCUCACUCCCCUCACAGAGCCACAGAGAGAACCCAGGAGUCCUGGCUCCCAGCCCCCCCUGCUCUAACCACUAGACCCUACUCCCCUCCCAGAGCGAGGGAGAGAACCCAGGAGUCUGGACUGCCAGCUCCCCUGCUCUGAGCAUUAGACCUCACUCCCUUCCCAGAACGCAGGCUCCCACCCCCAGUGAGCGACGGUAAAAUGUCUUAACCUUAGGAGCUCAGCUUUAUUCCCUGGCCUGAAAGCCUCUCUGCGGGGAGGGGAGUUUCUACUGUAUUUGCAGUGCAAUAAAGAGAUUUCUUGUUUGA